AUGUUAACCGAUGAACCCGAGCUCGCCGCUGGCAACAGGGCGGUGGACGAGAUGCUAGCUGUUGCACCGGUAGGGGAACGACAACCUGCAACAACGACCCCGCCAGAGGAGCCGGAAGAACGAUACUGCUGGGUGUGUUUCGCCACCGAAGAGGACGAUAAGGUUGCACCGUGGGUGCAACCGUGCAACUGUCGUGGAGCCACCAAAUGGGUGCACCAGUCGUGUUUGAAGCGCUGGAUCGACGAAAAGCAGAAGGGAAACCCGUACAAGAGCAUCAGCUGUCCGCAGUGUCAAACCCGGUACAUCAUCAUACUGCCAUCGAUGGGCAGCUUUGCGUUUCUACUCGAACGGCUCGACAUAAUCGCCAAGCAGCUGAGUCCGGGCAUGGCGGCGGGCGCAAUUGUUUGUUCGAUCUACUGGUCCGCCAUAACAUUCGGUGCGGUAACGGUGCUGCAAACGACCGGCUUCGAACGGGGACUCUCGAUGAUGGAGCAGGCCGAACCGAUCGCUCUGUUGCUGUGUCUGCCUACCAUCCCGGUGGCACUGGUAAUUGGAAGGAUGUUUCGUUGGGAAGAUAUUGUGCUGCGCUUUCUGCAAAAUCGCCAGUUCGACAUCAGAAAGUAUCCGGUCAUCUCGCUAAUGCUGCCCGUUUCGAACGAACCAAGCCCCAACUAUCCAGAGGCAUACCCGAGCGGCACGAUCAGCACAUCAGAGCCACUGUCGGUGACGCGCAUCUUUUGUGGCGCUUUGCUGCUACCGACCGUUUCUACCAUUGUUGGGAAAAUAUUUUUCAAAUCGGUGAAAAAUGACCUGCACCGCACACUGCUGGGUGGAUUUGCGUUCGUGGUGGUGAAGGGUAUGCUAAAAAUAUACUUCCAUCAGAAGAAACAUAACCGUGCCAAACAACGCCAGAUACUGGACUACACGCCGGACAACGUGCGAAAGUACUGGAUGCGAAGCCAACAGCCCGAAGCGAACGAGCGUUCCGGGCAACAGCAGCAGCAUGGCCAGGGACAAGGGAUAAUGCAGCACCCGGUCAUGGAGGAGCCAAACGAGGAAAAUGUACUAAAUGGUGCAGGAUAG